AAUUUACCCCAGCAUCGUAACCACUCCCCCAAUCUCCCUUGUUACUUCAGGAUUCUCUUGCUUUUCUUGAUACCUGUAUAACUACAAUGCAAUUUUAGUGAUUAAUCUAUUUAUUUCCACCCCCUCCCCCCCAACCAUUGCGCCAUGUCCGCACGCUCAUAUCUCUCCUCCGCAUUAUCCUCCAGUCUACGCCCACGAUGCCAGUCUGGACGAAAAGUCAAUUGCGAUCUCAGAAUCUCCUCCAGCUUCGGCCCAAAUCAACCUGCUAUCUUCAUAUCAUGGAAGAGUAUCCCGACAAGAAACUACGCCUCGCCAGCGAAUGAGAAACGAAGCGUCCGAGCAUCGUCGCAACCAGUACAGAAAUCAGACCCAACAACAUCAACAACAACAACUACUACUACCACUCCAUCAUCAACAUCAGAAGUGAACGCACCACUAAGCACCCUCCCCGUAAAACUCGACGUGCCCGCCCCAGCCGCAUCUGACGCGACGCCCAUCGACCAAUUCAAGCGCUACAUCGCUCUCGGUCGAGCGUAUUAUUCAUUCUACAAAACCGGCCUAAAGAACGUCUACCAUAAUUACAAAGCGUCGAUUCCUCUCCGACGCUCGCUCGGUCUCCCAACUUACCUCCCCACAUCAUAUCCGCCUGCGACGCAAACUUCAUCGUCACAGGAUGACAAGACGCCGUCGUUCUUUUCCGCCGCUCGAGGACUGGGGUUCACUCGGGCGGAUAUCCAACUCGUGCGACGCGCCGCGUAUGAUGUUCGACGGAUGAUUCCGUUUACGCUGAUUCUGCUGAUUUGCGGGGAAACGACGCCGUUUAUUGUGCUUGCGCUGGGCAAUGCGGUGACGCCAGCGACGUGUCGGGUGCCGAGACAGGUGGAGAAGGAGAGAGAGGCGAAAUUGAAGCGGAAAAACGCGGCGAUCGCGGCGCAUCAGGCUGCUGUGCAGGGCUCCAUGGCUCCUGUGGCUGUGGGGUCGAAGGAGGAAUUGGCGAUUUUGGUGGAUCAGUAUGCGGAUGUGGGCUUUGCGAAUACCGCGUCUGCGGAGGAGGUGUUGCGGGCGUGUGCGGUGUUUGGGCUGGCGAAGACGCAUACGAGGCCGUCGGCUCUGGUGCCGGUGGUGUAUCGGCCGAGGUUGAGGCGGUGGGUGCAGUAUCUGGAGCUGGAUGAUAGGUUGAUCAAGCAGGGUGGUGGUGUCAAGGCGAUGAGUGCGGAUGAAGUCAGGAUUGCGGUCGAGGAGCGCGGCGGAGUCGGUGCUGGAGGGGAUGGGAGGAAUGAUUGGAAAGCGGAGAUGGAGGAGCGGAAGUGGUUGGAGAAAUGGUUUGAACGGAGACGUGUGGAUUGAGCUGAAACUGAAGCUGAUAUCUAUUCUCAUGUUUUGGUUGACUACUGGGCAAGAGAUGAAAAAGGCCGUGGGUUAUAUUCAGGGUUACAUGUAUAGUA